AUUCUUCUCACAGGAAUCUUUAAAUACAUUGGUGCUAAGGAUGAUUCAACUCCUAACAGGUGUUUGAUUGGCACUUACAUGGGAUUUGCCAUCACAGCUUGUGUUCUAACUGUGUUCAUGUUCAUCACCUACUGUAUUGCUCUGGUUGACUAUUCUCAUAUCCAUAACUGCAAGAGUUACGAUGACAGUUACUUCAAAGCCUAUUGUUACUCUGCGAGUAAGAGGCAUAUGGCUGCUGUUGGAACUGGGUUAGGCUCCUGCCUUCGUAAUUGCACUGUUGUUCAGUUCAUUUUGGCUCUUACUGCAUCAAUCUACUGCUGUGGUGCUGUUUGUUGCAACACCCCAAGAGGAGUGGUUUGUACUACGGUAACCAAUCAGCAAGUGACAUACAUUCAGCCUGGACGGCCUGCAUUUACAAGACCCCAGGGAGGCAUGGUUAUCAUUCAGCCAACCGGUGGAGUUACAACUACAACACCAGCUUACCCAGCAGUAGCCCAGCCUCAAGUUUACGUUCAACAGCAAGUUCAUCCUGGGGUAACCAUCCAACAGCCUGGCUACUGGGCUGUUCCCCCUGGGUCCAACCCAGCUGGUACGGUGACUGUGACACACGCAAGUGCUCUUAGUCCACAGAUACAGACUCAAAUACAAUCUCAGACGCUAGUUACUGAUGAGAGGCCGCCACCCUAUGCUGCAUAUAUGCAGACGAGCAAUCCUCCACCUUGAAGUGUUUCGCUUGAUGUUACCCCGUGUGGACUGGUUGAUAUCUGAGUCUAUGCUGUGAUGGGGCAUAAUUUAUUUUGAAAGUUUCUGUAAA